AUGCCUAGACUCAUGCGGGGCCCAUGGCUGGUGGCAAUGGCCCUCUUGCCUGUAGCUGCGCAGACCACCAAGGGCACGGCGAAAAUGCCGGACGUUGGAGAGAAUGGCCCGGACGACUUGAAAGCCUUAGUCUCGGCCUUGAUUCUCAACUGCCUCCUAGUUCUUUGUUUUUUGGUGGCCUUUACCACACUUCGGAUGAGCUUUCCAUUGGUGUAUUCCCACCGGUUGCAUCAUAGCAAGGAGUCCCUCACUUCUCACCGCAGCGAGGGCAUGGAUCACUUGCCCCUGCGCCGGCGUCGAACUGCCGCGCGGGAGAUGAAGGGAAGGAUCUGCGAUUGGCUCUCCUUCAGUGUGAACACCAGCACAGAGGACGCCAUGGACCGUGCCGGGCUGGAUGCGACAUUGUUGCGUGACUUCUGCACGCUGGGCGCCACCGUGCUGGCAUCAGUGGGCAUUCCCAUGUGCAUCAUCAUGGUGCCAGUGAACUCGGCUUUGGGUGAAACUGCUCAAGGCGAUGACCACCUUAGUACUGCUGAGAUGGUGGCUAUUCGUCAGGAUCAUCCUUGGCUCUUCUACGUUCAUGCCAUCUUGGUUUGGGUCGUCUGCAUCACCGUGCACAUUCUCCUGGACAGAGCGCAGGCCAGCUUCCUUCAGCUCCGUGUUCGGUGGCUGGAGAAUCUUCCGGCGCCUCGCUGCACCACCGUGCUGGUCGAGAACAUCCCGGUUGUCUGGAGAUCUGACCAGAAGCUGCAGGAGUUCUUUGGACGCAUUUUCUCUCCAGACGAUGUCCUCUCAGCUCACAUAGUGAGGUGUGAAGAGGACCUCGCGAGACUCGUGGCGAAGAGGGACGACUUGCUGCAAAUGAAGCGAAAAGCGGAGCUCACCUUCGAAAAGACCCAGCGGGCAGAGACCUUUCGGCCCAGCUGUUUUGGCCCCAAAGUGGACACCUUGGAGUUCUGCGAGGAACAUUUGCACGGCUUGGAUGAUCGAAUUCGGUCUCUACGGCAAGCCCACAAUGAUGAGUACUUGGAGGAUCCCACGGUGCGGGCCUCCCACUGCGGCUUUGUGACCUUCCGGGGCCGGAGAUAUGCUGAGAUGGCACAGAGCCUUCAGAUCAGUGGGAACAAGAACCACUGGAAGGUCUCAGCAGCGCCGGUGCUCAGCGACCUCCGAUGGCAGGACUUGCGCCGGAGCAAUGCUUCGACGCUCCGGUCGGAACUCUUGGGCUAUUUGUGCAUCUUUGGUGUCUACAUCGCCUUCUUACCUGUGGUGCUCGCAGUGACGAACUUGGCCAUGGUGCUGCACCUGGGAGCCCUACAGCCGAUCUGGGCAGCCUUCGCCCCAAGCAUCGGCCUCACCAUCUUCCUCUCGCUGCUGCCCAGCAUGCUGAUGGCCAUCGCAAAGGGGUUCUUUACUCUCAAGGCUGAUACGUUGUCACAGCAUAAGCUGCAGUUAUGGUAUUUCUUCUUCCAGCUCAUCUUUGUAGUGCUGGAAUUCCAAAAGCACUGCAAGACGCUGCCUCGACUGGCGGCUGGCGCCAGUGGUCUUCAGUCUUCAGGUGGACGGCUCCGUCACCUGUGCGCCGGCGCCCAGAUGACCAUGGUUUUCAAGUGCUUGGCGGGUCACACCGUGCAGGACACGGUGUACAAGUUAAGGUAUAUGUCUCAGCAUCCCGCCGAGAUCAUGCAUCUCCUUGCUGACAGCUUGCCCAAUGCCACUCACUUCUACAUGACUUACUUGGUCUUGCAGUGGGCGAGGCGUGCCAUUGAGAUGUUGCGGUACAUGCCCCUGUCCAAGUUCCUGGUCUUCCGUGCGAUUUUCACUCCAGAGGAGGCCAAGGACCUGGCGGAGCCUGAAGAUCAGGAUAGCUUGGGCUUUGGCACGCGGCAUGUGAAUCUGGCCAUCAGCGUGGUCUUGGGCCUGAUGUUCUGCAGUAUUUCGCCUUUAGUCACCUUGUUGGCGAUGUUCGACCUGAUUUUGGCGCGGAUGACCUACGGCUACCUGGUGAUCUUUGCAGAGACGAAAAAGCCCGACCUUGGAGGAGUGUUUUGGGUCACACAGAUUCACUUGGUCCAAUUGGCCUUGGGCCUCUACUGCGCCCUCAUGGUUGGCUUUUUGCGAUCCAAGUCCUCCUCGCCAGCUUGGCAAGUGGCCGCACCAAGCUUCUUGAUCGUGUUCUAUUCAGUGUGGCACCUGCAAACGGCCUACCAAUGGAAGAAGCUUCCCUUUGAGGAGGUGGCCUUUAGCUGCGAGCAGCUCCUGGAUCAGCAAAAGGAGGGUGAAGAGAUGAGCGGCGAUGUGUACAUCCAGCCCGAAUUGGCACGUGACGCCGAACGAGACGUGACGCGUGAAGAGCUCUGA